GCCUCUCUCAAUUGGACAAAGCACUCCAGACCUUUUGGAAGAGUGACUCCAAAGGCAAGCACCUGCUUGGCAGGCCCCUCAGCUUCUAUGCAAGUAUAAGUGCAUGCAGCCCCCAGUCACAUACCCCCUGCUUGCUCAAUCUAUCACAACUCUUUCACGUGGACCGCCUUAGAGUUGUGAGCCCUUAAAAGGGACAGGAAUUGCUCACUCGGGGAGCUUGGUUGUUGGAGACAUGAGUCUUGCCAAAGCUCCAGGCCCAAUAAAGCCCUUCCUUCUUUAACUUGGUGUCUGAGGGAUUUUGUCUGCGGCUUGUCCUGCUACACAGCCACUCACAGACUGUUGAUUACAAAUGAAUACCAGACCUAGCUCCUUCCAGUAAAGGAUCCUGAGAACUGAAGGCAAACAGAGCUCCAGGAGUCCAAGACAGAGCCACAGACCACAAGGAUCACUGGCCCAGGUCUUGGACUUCAUUCCAUUUUCUGUUGAGUAAUAACUCAACAUUGAAAAUGUCCUUUGUGGGGGAGAACUCAGGAGUGAAAAUGGGCUCUGAAGACUGGGAAAAAGAUGAACCCCAGUGCUGCUUAGAAGACCCAGCUGGAAGCCCCCUGGAACCAGGUCCAAGCCUCCCCGCCACGAAUUUUGUUCACACAAGUCCAAAGGUGAAGAACUUAAACCCGAAGAAAUUCAGCAUUCAUGACCAGGAUCACAAAGUACUGGUCCUGGACUCAGGGAAUCUCAUAGCAGUUCCAGAUAAAAACUACAUACGCCCAGAGAUCUUCUUUGCGUUAGCCUCAUCCUUGAGCUCAGCCUCUGCGGAGAAAGGAAGUCCGAUUCUCUUGGGUGUCUCUAAAGGGGAGUUUUGUCUCUACUGUGACAAGGAUAAAGGACAAAGUCAUCCAUCCCUUCAGUUGAAGAAGAAGAAACUGAUGAAGCUGGCUGCCCAAAAGGAAUCAGCACGCCGGCCCUUCAUCUUUUAUAGGGCUCAGGUGGGCUCCCGGAACAUGCUGGAGUCGGCGGCUCACCCCGGAUGGUUCGUCUGCACCUCCUGCAAUUGUAAUGAGCCUGUUGGAGUGACGGAUAAAUUUGAGAACAGGAAACACAUUGAAUUUUCAUUUCAACCAGUUUGCAAAGCUGAAAUGAGCCCCAGUGAGGUCAGCGAUUAGGACACUGCCCCAUCGAAUGCCUUCCUCGCUAAUUUGAACUAACUAAAAGCACAAAACCUGCUCACUAACCUUUCUGUCAGUGAGUUUCAUUUCUCAUUCAUACUUUAAGGAUUUGUGUUUUUAGGAUAUAGCAAGAAGUUUGUUUAAUUAAAAAGUUCUGGGUUGG